AUGAAAACCUGCUAUGGAAAUUUGUUCUCUGCGAUUUCUACACUGUUUGUGGCGUCGAUCAUUGUGAUGCUGAUGAUCUCUGGUUGUUUUCGAUCGUUCACGAGCUUCUCCGGUUCUACGCUUCAAUACUCUGGCUCAAUAGAAGUGAUUCAGCUGAAUAGAAACAUUACGAUCUCCGAUCGAGUCCAAACUAUCCACUCUGUUAGAUCUAGCCUCAGUUUUCAAUUGAACAGAACCGUCACUAGAAAAUUCGCAAAAGUAAUUCGCAGAGAAGACGAGCACGAACAAGGACUCGCUCGAGCGCGAGCUUCGAUUCGCAGGGCUGCGUCGGGUCUAAAUCUCUCCUCAAUCGCCGACAGCCACCACAAAAGUGACAUCGACAGCACCGCCAUUUAUCAUAACGCCCGCGCAUUCUAUCGGAGUUAUCUGGAGAUGGAGAAAAGAUUCAAGGUCUACGUUUACUCAGAAGGGGAGUUACCAAUAGUUCAUGAUGGACCGUGCAAGGACAUCUACACCAUAGAAGGGAGGUUCAUACACGAAAUAGAACACGGAGCCAGAAGGUUUAAGACAAACAGUCCUCAUAAUGCUCACGUUUACUUCAUGCCCUUCAGCGUGACCUGGAUGGUCAAGUAUCUCUACAAGCCUCUAACUUACAACCUCACCCCACUGAGGCAGUUUGUGUCUGAUUAUGUCAGAGUGGUGUCUAGCAAGUACCCCUUCUGGAAUAGAACUCAAGGAGCUGACCACUUCAUGCUUGCUUGUCAUGAUUGGGGUCCUCAUGCAUCUCAGGGAAACCCUGACCUCUAUAGCAAAUCCAUCCGAGUACUAUGCAAUGCCAACACUUCAGAAGGCUUCAACCCUCAAAAGGAUGUAAGCCUCCCUGAAAUCCACCUCUACGGUGGAGAAGUAUCCCCCAAACUUCUAUCUCCACCGCCAGCUGCAGCCGACAGCCCUCGCCUUCAUCUCGCAUUCUUUGCAGGAGGUAUCCAUGGCCCCAUCCGUCCCCUCCUCCUCCAACACUGGAAAGAUAGCGAUCCUGAACUACUUGUCCACGAGUACCUACCCAAGGACCUUGACUACUACUCUCUUAUGCUUCAAUCCAAGUUCUGCUUGUGCCCAAGUGGGCACGAAGUGGCUAGCCCUAGAAUUGUUGAGGCCAUUUAUGCUGAAUGUGUGCCUGUGAUUUUGUCACAGAACUAUGUGCUGCCAUUUAGUGAUGUGUUGAGAUGGGAGGCCUUCUCAAUAAGAGUGGAUGUAUCUGAGAUUCCGAGAUUGAAGGAGGUGUUGACUGCAGUUUCCGAAGAGAAGUACAGGAGGCUUAAGGAGGGACUAAGAGCUGUUAGGAAGCAUUUUGUGCUUAACCAACCAAGCAAACCAUUCGACGUGUUUCAUAUGAUAUUACACUCUGUGUGGCUCAGGAGAAUUAAUCUAAGACGUCAAUGAUAUGGAUAUAUAUUUACACAGGAUUUGACCGAAAUGGUACGAAAAUCAAGAGAGGACUUAAAAAGGCUAGAGAGAGAAAUUCAUGUAACUUGAGAGAGAGUUUGGUCGAGAAUCGUCAAUAACUACACCAUCAUUCAUAGCCCCUUUACAUCCAUUUCAAGGUAAUUCCAGCUCCAUUCAAAGUCUAACCUCCUAAAUCGUGCAAGUAACAACAUGAGCAAAUACGUAA